AUGGAUGAAGAAUAUCAACGUAAACGUUUACAAGCUAGACAACAACCUACAAAUUUUGGUGAAGGAAUGUUUAGAGGUGUUAGGGGUGUUGGACAGGGAGUAAUUGAUGGUGUUACUGGAGUAAUUUCUAAACCUGUUGAAGGGGCAAAGAAAGGAGGCGUUUCUGGUUUUUUAAAAGGAACGGGCAAAGGAUUAAUUGGUGUUGUUACAAGACCUGUUUCUGGAGUUGUAGAUUUGGCUACAUCAAUGGCUGAUUCUGUUAAGACAGUUGUUACAAAUGCAGAAGAAAUUAGACCAAUACGGCCCCCUCGAGUUAUUACAAAUGAUAAAAUUGUCCGUCCAUUUGUUUAUGCAGAAGCUAUUGGAUAUAAAAUAUUUAAAGAAAUUAACAAAGGUGAUUUUGCCGAAACAGAUUGUUAUUUAGCUGAUGGGUCAAUUUCUAAACAUUUGGUUAUUGUUGUUACUGACAAACGCGUGAUCGAAGCACGACAACACGAGUUAACUGGUAAUUGGAAUGCUGAUUGGAGCCCAACUUAUUCUGAAAUGAAUAAACCUGAAUGGUUUAUUGAUGAAACUAAUGGUCUUAAAUAUGGUGUUUAA